AUGCUUUGGAUCACGCGAUUCUCCGGCUUCUUCUCCGUCGUUUUGGUAAUCAUCGCUAUCUCUCCUUCUCUACACUCCUUUCCUCCCGCCGAAGCAUUCAGAUCUUCGCAUCUCGAUGAGUACUUGAGAUUCUCGUUUUCUGAUUCGCCGCCGCACGGAUUCUUCUUCAGAAAAUCGCCAUUGUUCCCCAAUGCCGUCGGUUGUCCCACCGCCGACAGAGAUUCCGGCGUUUGUAACCCUUCACUGGUUCACGUCGCCAUCACUCUCGACAUUGAGUAUCUCCGUGGAUCAAUCGCCGCCGUUAAUUCGAUUCUCCAACACUCUGUUUGUCCUGAGAGCGUCUUCUUCCAUUUCUUAGUCUCCGAGAUUGACCUAGAAUCUCUGGUUCGUUCUACUUUCCCCCAAUUGAAUUUCAAGGUGUAUUACUUCGAUCCUGAGAUUGUUAGGAGACUGAUUUCAUCUUCCGUGAGGCAAGCACUUGAGCAACCAUUGAAUUACGCUAGAAAUUACCUCGCUGAUCUGUUAGAGCCUUGUGUUCGUCGUGUGAUCUAUCUUGAUUCCGAUCUCAUCGUCGUCGAUGAUAUAGCUAAGCUUUGGGAGACUCGAUUAGGUCCGAAAACGAUCGGAGCUCCGGAAUACUGUCACGCGAAUUUCUCGAAGUACUUCACAUCGGCGUUUUGGUCAGACGAGCGGUUUACCGAUGCGUUUGGAGGUAGGAAGCCUUGUUACUUCAAUACCGGAGUGAUGGUUGUGGAUUUAGAGAAAUGGAGACGAAUGGGGUACACUAAGAUGAUAGAGAAAUGGAUGGAGAUUCAGAAGAGUGAUAGAAUCUAUGAGCUUGGUUCUUUGCCACCUUUCUUGCUUGUUUUCGCCGGAGACGUUGCGCCAAUAGAGCAUAGAUGGAACCAGCAUGGACUUGGAGGAGAUAACGUGAAGGGAAGUUGCCGGAAUCUUCAUCCUGGUCCGGUGAGUUUGCUACAUUGGUCCGGUAGUGGAAAGCCAUGGUUUAGGUUAGACUCGAGACGGCCUUGUCCACUUGAUACUCUUUGGGCACCUUACGAUUUGUACGGACACUCUCGUUGA